AUGCAUAUCGCCCAAGUCCAAUCCUGGCCUGAAGGACCCCGCUACGUCUCGGUCGCCGAUCCCCCCGCGCCGACUGCAGGUCAGACCCAACUCCGCGUCUUGGCAGCCGGGCUACAUCAAGUCGUCCGAUCUCGAGCUUCAGGAAACCACUAUUCCGCCAAAACACUGCCUCACAUCCUCGGAGUCGAUGCCGUCGCCAAAGAUGAAGCUACAGGCCAACUAUACUAUGUCAUGGACUUUGGGGACGGCAACGGCACAUUCCGUGACUACAUCAAUGUCGACAAGGAGAACAACGUCGUGAUCCCCCUCCCCGAGGGCGUGGACCCCAUCAACUUCGCCGCCAGCGUCAACCCCGCGAUGAGCAGCUGGAUGGCCAUUACGCAGCGCACAGAUAAACUGCCCAAGGACUUCACGGUACUCAUCCUGGGUGCGACGAGUGCCAGUGGUCGGCUGGCUGUCUAUGCUGCCAAGGCUCUCGGCGCGGGCAAGGUCGUUGGCGCAGCUCGCAGUGCCGAGACUCUGAAGGGCGUGGAGGGCUUGGAUGACUCCAUCACCUUCAAGGAUCCCAUCACUGAUACUGACUUCUCGCAAGCAGACGCCGAUGUCAUCUUGGACUAUGUGUUUGGAGAUGUUGCCCAGCACGUCCUUUCGACUAUCAAGACGAAGAAGCCUGUCCAGUACGUCCAGAUUGGCACGCUAUCCCAGGAAGCGGAGAUAGAUCUCUCGGGACCACUGCUCAGGUCGACCAAUUUGACGAUUAGGGGAGCUGGGCCUGGAAGUUGGAGGUUGUCAGCACUGGUCGUCGAACUGAAGACCCUGGUGCCAGUGAUGGCGAAGUGGCCGCAAUUGGGUGCAACUGUGGUUCCGUUGAGAGAUAUCGAGACGGCGUGGAGUGAUAGGUCGAUCAAGGGGCGCAUUGUUUAUGUUCCGUAA